AUGGCAGUUCCUGCAUAUGCGAAUAUUCGUUGGGAUGGAAAUAUUAUAAAUAAUUCUGAUGGAUACGAUUAUGAUGGAGGUUUUUCAAAAAUUGUUCCAAUAGGUAAACGGAUAAAUUUUAGUCAAAUGGUCGGGAAAAUUGCUCGUGCAAUUGGAUUAUCGAAGAAUAAUGAAUAUAUAGAGACGAUUAGUUUUAGAAAGCCUACAAUUGUGGAUGGAUCUUUAAAAUUUGAAUGCAUGGAUAUAUGGGGGGAAGAUGAUAUGUGUAGUAUGUUUAAUUACUUAUAUCAGAUUGGUGGUCUGCCUGGUAUAGAAAUAUAUAUUAAGGUACUUCGUUGUGCUGAUGCGACGAAUGAGGAUGUUGAUAUAGGUCCAUCUGGAACUGCUGUAGAAUCAAAUGCGGAACAAUGUGAAGAGCAAAAUGUAGUUGAUGAUUAUGAGUUAUCUGAUAGUCUUGCAGGACCGUCAAGUAAUUUAUCUCAUACAGUUCAGGAUGAGAACGAGGAUGAUGAUGACGAUGACGAUGAUUCAUGGAUGUCUACUGAGGAUGAUGAUGAUGAUGAUUAUGGUCAGGAGGGUAAUGUGAGUGAAUCUGAAUAUUACAACACACAAUUUAGUAAUCCUAUUUUGCCUGUUGUUCAUCCUCCCCCAUACGCAGAAAUAGACUUCGAUUUGCUGAGGGUUUAUCCUUAUGACAAGGCAGAAGGUCGUUCCUUUUGGGAUCCUUCCAAAGAAUUUUCAGUUGGGAUGAUUUUUUCUUCGAGAGAUGCAGUGGCUGCAGCUGCAAAAGAAUAUCAUCUAAGACAUCAUCAUCAAUUUUGUUAUCAUGAAACAAGAGAGAAAACUUAUUCUAUCAAGUGUAAAGACAAAGACAGUGGGUGUCCAUGGAGGCUUCGAGCAUCAAAGACAGAAGGUUCAGAUAUAUGGAAAAUUACGAGAUACAGUGGACCGCACACAUGUACAAAUCCUCAGUUGACAAAAAAUCAUAGCCAAUUAGAUGAAAAUUUCAUUUGUUCGUUCAUAUUUGCAUUAAUUGAACAGCAGCCCGAUAUAAAAAUUGCUACACUACAAGCGGAAGUGCGGGAUAAAUUUGGGUACGAGCCGUCUUAUCAGAAGACAUGGAAAGCUAAGCAGAAGGCAAUUGCAAGGCUUUAUGGGGUUGGGAUGAAUCAUACGGUCGUUUGCGUAGAUUCAUAA